GCAGCGAGUGCGCGGGAAGUUGAGCGCGGGAGUUCCGGGUUGCCCGCCCGCCUCGCCGGCCGCAGCUCCGGCGAGCCCCCAGCCCUGGGCCGGCCGCUGCCUCCUGGGCCGAGUCGGUGCGUCCUUCCGUCCGUCUGUCCGGCAAUCAGUCGGCGGCUCGGCUGCUCGGGGGUCCCGCCAAGGGUCCCGCGGCGCUCCGAGAGGCGGCCACCCCCGGAUCCCGUUCCAGGUGGGUUCCGGGAGCGCCCCGUGAGGCCUGCCAGGCUCCUGCGCCCAGGGGGCCCGGAGGCCGUCUCGGAUGCCACUUGUGGAGUUGUGUGAGCCACUGUAACUUUAAACCAGAGUGAGCAAACCCUAUUUUUAUUCAGAAACCAACGAAGGCGCAGAUGGAGGGCCAGCCCGGCUUGAAGUACUCUAGCACAUGGGCGGGCAGGGGCGGCUUCUCCUUGUAGCUUUUCUUGGAGCUUUGUGCUUGCAGAGUUCUGCAGCCAACUCUCAAGAAAGGCCCAGAUUUGUGGCUGUGGGACUCAGGGAUGAGGGUGUUGCCUGAGCUUCAGGGAGGUGCUCCUGAGCCCCACUUGCCUGGCUUCUAAGCAGUCAUAGGGAGGCCACCAACCUGGUGCAGGGUCUCCGCUGUGUCCUGGUCUCCAUCCUGUAGAAAUAGCUCCAAAAAGCACCCGUGGUGAAGGACAAGAUGAUGAACGUGGCAGCCAAGUACCGCAUGGCCUCCCUCUAUGUGGGCGACCUCCAUCCAGACGUCACGGAGGACCUGCUGUUCAAGAAGUUCAGCACGGUGGGACCCGUGCUGUCCAUCCGCGUUUGCAGGGACCUGCUGACCCGUCGCUCCCUGGGCUAUGCCUACGUGAACUUCCUGCAGCUGGCUGAUGCCCAGAAGGCGCUGGACACAAUGAAUUUCGAUGUAGUGGAAGGUAGGGCCAUCCGCCUCAUGUGGUCCCAACGCGAUGCCUACUUAAGGAAAUCUGGAAUUGGGAAUGUCUUCAUCAAAAACCUCGACAAAUCCAUCGAUAACAAAACCCUGUAUGAGUGUUUUUCAGCGUUUGGGAAGAUCCUGUCUUCCAAGGUGAUGAGCGACGAUCAAGGCUCCAAGGGCUACGCGUUCGUGCACUUUCAGAACCAGAUGGCCGCCGACAGGGCCAUCGAGGAGAUGAACGGCAAGUUCCUCAAGGACUGCAAGGUGUUUGUGGGCAGAUUCAAAAACCGCAGAGAUAGGGAGGCUGAGCUGCGAAACCACGCCAGUGAGUUCACCAACGUGUACAUCAAAAACUUCGGGGACGAUAUGGACGACGAGAGGCUGAGGGACAUCUUCAGUAAAUAUGGCAGGAUUGUGAGUGUUAAGGUGAUGACCAAUCCCUAUGGGAAAUCCAGAGGGUUUGGCUUCGUGAGCUUUGACAGCCACGAGGCUGCCAAAAGGGCCGUGGAAGACAUGAAUGGAGAGGCCAUCAACGGGCAGCCCCUCUUCGUAGGUCGGGCGCAGAAGAAAGUAGAGCGACAGGCUGAGUUAAAACAAAUGUUUGAACAAUUGAAAAAGGAAAAGAUUCGCGGGCGCCAGGCAGCAAAACUCUAUAUUAAGAAUCUUGACGGCAGCAUCGACGAUGAAAAGCUGCGGAAGGAGUUUGCCUGCUUUGGGUCCGUUAGCAGAGUGAAGGUGAUGCAGGAGGAAGGACUGAGCAAAGGCUUCGGCUUGGUCUGCUUCUCCUCUGCGGAGGAGGCCAGCCGAGCCAUGGCUGAGAUGAACGGUCGGAUCUUGGGCUCCAAACCUCUCAACAUCGCCUUGGCCCAGGGGUACUAGGAAACAGACCCUUACCUCACCAGCCAGUUGUGGCAGAUAUUAGCAGU